CUCAGAUUGAUCAAAAAACUGUGUUUUGUGAGUGUGUGUAUGUUUUAUAGAGAGAGAAUCUUAAAUUUGUUAAAUGGCAGGAGAGUCUUCAUCAAAUCUAAGCAUAAUUGUUCACAAACAUCCUUCUGAAUCUCAUCUUUCUGAACUGGGUAUCAAAUCAUGGCCCAAGUGGGGAUGUUCGCCAGGGAAGUACCAGUUGAAGUUCGACGCACAAGAGACAUGCUAUCUAUUAAGAGGAAAAGUCAAAGUCUACCGGAAAAAUUCGUCGGAGAUGAUAUCGGAGUUUGGUGCCGGCGACUUAGUUAUCUUACCAGAGGGUCUUAGUUGCACUUGGGAUGUCUCCGUUGCCGUCGAUAAACACUACAAGUUUGAAUCUUCUUCUUCUUCAUGA